AUGGCUCAGACCAACUCAUGCUUGAUGCUGAUUACAUGCCUAAUGUUCCUGUCUCUGAGCCAAGGUCAGGAGUAUGAGGCGCACCUCCCCAUCCACCGGAUCAGCUGCCCAGAAGGCACCCAUGCAUAUGGCUCCUACUGCUACUACUUUUAUGAAGACAGUUUGACCUGGAUGGAAGCCGAUCUCUUAUGUCAGAACACACAUGCUGGCCACCUGGUGUCUGUGCUUAGCCAGUCCGAGGGCAAUUUCGUGGCAUCUCUGAUUAAGGAGAGUGGUACUACAGAUGCAAAUGUGUGGAUUGGCCUCCAUGACCCCAAAAAGAACCACCUUUGGCACUGGAGCAAUGGGGCCAUGUUCUCCCACAAAGCCUGGGGUCCUGGAUCCCCAAACAUUGGCACCCAUGGCUACUGUGUAAGCCUGACUGCAAAAUCAGGAUACAAGUUAUGGAGGGACAACAAUUGUGAGGCUCACCUCUCCUUUGUCUGCAAGUUUAAAAGUUAA